UUACAAUACAAACCAUGGCGAUACUAAUUACUUGAUUAUUUUAGUGGUUUGCGCGUGCAAUUAUAUUUUGUUAAACACAAGAUUUAGUUGAGAAGUAAUUUAAAAACAUCUUCAGAAAGCAUUGAUUGGUUUUUUUAUGAUCCUUAGCCAUCAUGUCGAUGUUGUUUUCCAGAGCCAAGCUAAACAGUUCUAGCAUAUUUGAAAGCAGUGGGGUACCUCUCUUCGUGAAACGGUGGAUUAACUCGCCUAGAUGCUGUUUUACAAGAGGACGAGGGGACGAACAAUAUUUCGAAUUCCAAUGUAAAAAUGUUUCAAUUAAAGAUGGCAGACAUGUUACGAUUAACUGUAUUGUAAAAUAUUCUUUGUUGGAUGUAAGUUCUGAGGUAUUUGAAUACGAUAGCGUUAUUACAGAGAAACUGACUGAAUCAACUUUAAGCGCUGCGGAGGAGCUUACGUACGAAGAUCUAUUGGAAUUUAAAAGAGAUGUUGGACAAAUAAUUUUGUCAGAAUCCUCUAAUGAACUGAAGGAAUAUGAAAUUAUAUUGAAAAGUUUUAGCAUUAGCCUUGUGGAUCAUGUUAGCACCAAAAUCAAAAGUAGCAAUGAAGCGCCAAAAGAGCAAGAUGUUGAUGCAGCGCCUAAUGAUAAAAAAAUUAUUAAAACAUCUGGUGAACAGAAAAGCAAGGGAAAAUCUAAAAAGGUAGACAAAAUAAAGGCUGCUGUUAAGAACCUGUUGAUAUCAAAAGAUGGUCUCCCAUCAGGAGAUGGGGAGACAACAAACGAAAUGAAAUCACAAACCGCAGACAUGCAUAAAAGUCCCGCGGUCGUAACCGUUAAACCCAAGAAACAACGAAAAUAUACUUUGAACGACGACAAGAAAACAGAACAUACAAACGAAGUCAAAACAAAGCCUUCUGUCGAUGAAAAAGAUGCACCAAAUAAUAAACCCCCUAAUGCCGAGCCAACCAGACAAAAAAGUACAAAGAUUGUUAUAAAACGACCAAAAAAAGUUCGAAAAUACGCUUCUGAUACAACCGAAGAAAAAGAUAUUCCGACAAAAGAAAACACAGACCGAAAGUCCCCAACUGCAACCACUACCCCUACACAAGAACAGAAAGAAAACAGAAAACCAACUUUAAAAGAGCUUGCAUCUAAUCCUGACGUCAGUCUUCCAGUCGAAGAAGAAAUAGUAUUGAAAAACGAUAAACAAGAUGAACGCCUGAAUGAACAAGUUAAAAACGAGACACCUAUUGAAACACCUGCGAUAGAGGAUCCAAAGGAUGGUAGUGAUUCUGAGUAUGAUAUCAUAAGUGAAGAGGAACUUUCGACGCUAGAUGAUGAUUCUGUGAAUAAACUGAGAGUACUGCAGGAUGAGUGAAUACAUUUGCCAGUCAUAAGAGCUGUCAAAAUAGGUUUGCAUACUAAAUUCGUACGUGUGACUUGGGUACAACGGUCGCAGUAUAGUUUUCUGUUUAUAUGUAAAGCUGCUAAGCUGGGAUUAGAACUAGUUUUUUAAACAAUUUAUCUUCUUUCGACAUCUUGCGUUCUAGCAAAUCGCGUGCAAACUAUGUUUGAUUACGGUGUUGUUAUUAAAAAUCUGAAGUAUUUUAUUGUUAUUAAACAUCUGAAAUAUUUUAUCAACGG